GUGGCGAAGAUGAGCAAGAAACAGUUUUCGCUCGCUUUGCAAUUUUGCUUUGCACAAUCACGCGUGAGCUGAUUGGGUCCAGAGGUCUGGAGAAAUAUGUGACCAGCACUAACAAAGAGAUGUGUGUGGAAGGCAAGGGAGGGGGGAGACUGAAGACUGUGUGCCAAAGCCACCCUCUUCAAAAUGAAGCCGGACAGCACCAGCACAAGCUUCCAGGUGCAGUUAUCUAGAAAUAAAGAGAUGAAGAGGAAUUUCACUGACAGUUCUUUGAUGCGUAGUACAGCAGGCUGUCUUCCGGUCCCACUCUUCAAUCAGAAAAAAAGGACCAAACAGCCACUCACAUCAAACCCGCUUCAAAAUGAGCCAACUGGUAACAAUUCAGCUGAUAAUUUCAAUUUCUCUGCCAUGCUAGCAGAUUUUGGAUGGGAAACUGAGAAGCCAGAACCAAUUCAACUGCAGAAAACAGUAGGCACUGACCCAGCAGAGCUUCCUAUUCCAUCUUCUUUGUUAAGGCAGCAACACACAUCAAAACCUACAAUGCCUCAUGCAGGAAGCAACUUGAAUAACCGGAGGCCAGAGGAAAGAAACACCUGCACUAAUGUUUGGAAAAGAAAUGACUUUCCAGCUUCCGGCAGUAGAACAGGGCACAGAAAGCUUUCACAGCCUGGAGACAGUCCUGACUGUUUGAUGAACCCUGGAUCCGUGUACCAGAAAUCAGCUGGCCUGCCAAAGGUGUCAGAGAGAAGCCAAACAGAAGCAGAGGACGAAUGGGAUUCGGCUGUUUCCCAGUGGCCUGCAGUACCAACUGCCAUGUUGAGAAAUCCGCAGUCUCAGGGUACCUCAUAUACAUUUAAACACAGCCUUUGCCCACAAGACAUGAACAAGGAAAAAACUGACCAUUUCCAAAGCAACAGAAUGAUUCAGAAAAAGCCAGCAUACCACUCUAAAGUGAAGGAAAAAGAGAAUUCUCUCAGAAUUUUAUCUGCUGUCAUUGAAAGCAUGAAGCACUGGAGUCAGUAUACUAAUAAAACUGCUCUCUUAUUUGAGGUACUGGGUGUUCUGGAUUCUGCUGUUACCCCUGGAUCGUUUGGGGCAAAGACCUUCCUUUUGAGAGAUGGAAAAGAGUGUGUGUCAUGUGUAUUCUAUGAGAUUGAUCGGGAGCUACCGAGAUUAAUCAGAGGCCGAGUCCACAGAUGCAUGGGAAAUUACGAUGCAAAACAGAAGGUCUUUAAGUGUGUUUCGGUGAGGCCUGCAACGGCUGCUGAACAGAAAACUUUCCAGGAUUUUGUCAAAGCCGCUGAUGCGGAGAUGUGCAGAUAUGUGAACAUAAGCAGUGAAGUUUAAAUAUUUUUGAUGCAGCUCAAAAUCUUUGAAGAAGCAUGUAAUUUUUGUGUGCGUGAGCUGGACGUUGUAACACAUAAGGGAAGUAAUUCUAGAACUCACAUCUUCAUUGCUUGGGUGAAAACACUGUCAGCAACGUCAGC